AUGUCGAAUCAUCACGAAGAUCACCAAGAGCCUACAAGAAGACCAAACCCAAAGGGGUGGGUACCUCCAAAGGCUCCUUACAACCCCUAUGAUCCCACAGAUAUUCGCCCACCAGAAGGGUACCCUUCAGAGUUUCAAAUACCUGGGCAACAACCGCAAGGAUUUUCAUCGAUUCCUAAACAACCCACACAAUAUCAAAAGGUAAAUGAAACUAUGGAGAGGCUAAACUAUACUGCAAGACCAAUGUCUGAUUUGUACCCAAACCAAUACAAAGUUCUACGUCGUGUUGAUACUAACAAGAAGCUACACUUGGGGUCUAGAUGGUUUGGAACAUUAAUAGGAGGAUCGGUUAUUUUUUACUUUACGUUCUUUUACAGAUGGAACGAAGGAAGGGACAAUGUGUUUAGUGAUUUUUAUCGAAGUCAGUUGUGGUUGAAGGAAAGGAUUUUAGGUGGGUUAAGUGAACAGGAGUAUGAUGAUUUGCAUUUCCCAAAACUGGGAUACACUGUGUUACACAGUGUAAAGGAUGCUCAAUAUAUUCCCGAUGACUUGAGAAAAACACAAGAAGGCGAGUUUGUUCUUAAUAGACCUAGUGAAAGGCACCUUCUUGAAGCGGAAAGGAUACAGCAGGAAAAGGAAGAGCAAAUGUUGCGAGAGUUGGAUAUGCAUCGAAAAUAUGCAAAGGAGUUGGAUAAUGAAGCUAAAAAGUCAAAGAAGUGGUUUGGUAUUUUUUAA